CCUAAGCAACCCCCUUAUCCCUGCUCUUCCUAGAAAUUCACACACACACAUAUUCUAGAGACACAGAAAAAGCCAAUUUAUUUCUGCUACAUAAGAGAGUCCUUUGCCUCCUGGUUCUUUCACAAACUAUCAGUUGCAGCCAUUUCAAUUACUGAAUUAAUGAAUUUACCACAAAAUUACAUUCUGAAUUGAGUACUACUCCUUUCUUGUCUUUUUAUUAGGUAAAUACUUUUGUUUGUUUAUCACCAACAUUAAUUGCCUCGUUCUUGUAAAUCCCAGCUGUUUGAAUCUCAAAGUCUCCUCUCUCUUUCUAUAUCUGUCCAACUUUCCCUUUUCAAUACUUCUGUUUUUUUUCUAUGUUUUUAUGCUGAAUACUCUUCAAUUCUCCUUUCUAUACUUCAAGAACUCACAACCCAUUUUCAAAUCUUGAAUUUUUAACUCAUCAUUUGGUUGGAAAAAAAAAUAUAUAUUGAAGUAAUGGCACAAAAGCAUUUGCAUGAGCUUCUAAAAGAAGAUCAAGAACCAUUUUACAUUACUAAUAAACGUUUUCAGCUCAAAAGACUCAAUUUUUCUUCACCUAAAACCUCAUUAAUACAAAUCAAGAAAACUCAAAAGCCAAUUACUCAAACCUCAACAUCUACAUUCUGCAAAAAUACUUGUUUUUUCUCCUUCAAUGACUCACCAGACAUAAGAAAAUCUCCUUUGAAGAGCCCACAAAAUGGGAAAGUUUUUCUUCAUGUACCUACAAAAACAGCUACUCUACUUGAAGCAGCAAUGAGGAUUCAAAAAGUACAACAAACUUCAAAACCAAAAACCCAAAUCAAGAAAGUAAAGUUUGGGGUUUUGGGGUCCAUUUUGAAGAAACUCAAGGAUCGAAAUAGCAAUAAAAAAGGUGAAAAUAGUGUAAGGAUUAUUUCAACAAGUGCAGAAAUAACAAGAAAUGCAUAUGAAGAAAAGUGCAUGGAUUUGGAGACUUAUAGUAGCAAUAAUGGUGAUUUGGACACGUGUCCAUUAAGUCCUUUUAGAUUUUCUCUUCAAAGGUGCAAGUCAACCGGCGAUGUUAUGCCGGAAUUCACAUCUCCGGUCAGUCACAAGAAAGAGGGCAAAGAAAACGAUGAAACAAUAGGUAUUGAUCAGCUAGUAGAAGAAGCAGAUGAGAAAGAGCAAUGCAGUCCAGUUUCUGUGUUGGAUCCUCCAUUUGAGGAGGAUGAUGAUGGACACGAAGGCGGGGACGACGACGACGAGGAUUGUGACCUUGAAGGCGGGGACGACGACGAGGGCGAGGGUUGUGACCUUGAAUGCAGUUAUGCACUUGUACAAAGAGCACAGCAGCAGCUUUUGCAUAAGCUUCGUAGAUUCGAGAAAUUAGCAGAAUUAGAUCCCGUUGAACUCGAGAAACUAUUGCUCGACGAAGAGGACAAUGAUGCUCCAGCAGAUGAAGAGGAAUAUCAAGUUUCCAACAUGAUUUCCGAGGAGAAGUCUGAAGUUAAAAACUUGAACUAUGGAGAAGCAGUCUUUGGAAAAGAAGUCAAGAAGUUUGAUUCAUCGCAAGAAUCAAGAUCAAAUACCCUCGAUAUGAUGGUAAAAUCGGAUUUGCAAAGUGAGUUUGAUGAAUGGAAUAACUUUCAGGAGCAAAGAGAAGAAACUGCGAUAGAAUUUGCUUUUUCUAUAUUUGGGUUGUUAGUUGAGGAAUUUGGAGAGGAGCUAAUUCAUUAGCUCACUGCUAGGAUGACACGAAUUUCUGACGGAUGUUGCAUAGGAAAUUUAGGAUAGGAAGUCGAAAAACAUUAGCAACUAGUAUAAUUCCAAUAAAUCCGUUGGUAAUUUUUGCAGUGUUAGACCACUUAAUUAGCGAUAAAUGUGAAAUAUUUAAAAAGGAAUAUAUCCUUUGUAUGAGCUCA